AUACGAGUAUAUGAAUAUUUGGCUUUUCUGUUUCAGUCACAACUGCAAUAAACUAUAUUUCAAUCUACAUACACAUCUACAAUCUGUAUACACAUCGCUUGGCAAUGAAUAAUUCACAAGGAACUGACCCGUUCGCCAUUCGAUAUGAUCAGAUGAGCUGCUUUGCCAUAAUGGAGUAUGCUUUUGAGGAACGAUGCGCGUUGGCCCACAAGGUGCACGAGUGCGACAUAGUCUCGACUUUGUCAAAUUAUUUCUCCCUUCUGUACUGCGAGCUGAAAAUACGACGCAGGAUAGAAGAGUUGAUCGCGCUAUUCUUUAUCUUGGUGUUAGUCCUUUCCCUGAUGGUCACUAUUUCCAAUGUCGUGGACUCUCAUUUCAGUCCCAUGCUGAAGAUUAUAGCGAUGAAGAUGGGCAUGAGUCAGUACAUAGCCGGGACUACGCUGGUCGCCUUGGGCAAUACCCUUCCGGAGGCAUUGGCAAACAUGAUGCCAGUGAGGUCCGAGGCCCCAAUGUACUCCAUAUCCAUUAGCAAUUCGUUGACUCUCAUCCUGGUAGGCGGCGGUGUGAUCUGCUACCUCAAACCCUUCAAGAUGAAUCCCCACAGCACCAUGAGGGAUCUCCUCUAUCUGAUACUGUCGUGUGAAGUCCUGACUUUCUUAUUGUUACGUCCCAAAACAAUUACACCUAGAGAUGGGAUUUAUCUGAUCAUUUUGUACGUCCUUUACUUGAUCCUAAUAUUUACCGAUCUAAUCGGGCAGCGAUUGACCAUUAAUUCGUUGCGAAGACAGAUUGAUGAAGCAUAUCAGAUGUCAGCAUCAGAGGAACGAAAUUACCAGAUAAGGAAAAUGGAGAACACUCUUAAGGAAUUGGAAAAAGAUCAUCGCAUAAGAAUUCAUCAAUACGGGAAUAAACGACGAAGUCUCUCUUGGAGAGGCUCCAGCGAGCAUCCAUCGAAAUCUAGCCGGAGGAUUUCAUUGGGAUUCGCCACAUCCUAUCCAACAGGAGCAAAUCCAGAAGUGGAUUUUGAGGAAACACGCACGGUACUGUAUUCGAGCAGUAAUUCGAGGAACCGAUUUCUCUUCUCAGAUUUCUUAGAGAACCUGAUGCCCAUAGAUUUGGAGCGAUGGCAAUUUGUCGGAUAUUUGCGGCGGAUCUUGAUGAUAUUAAAAGCACCUAUAAAACUCAUCUGUACAUUAUUUCUGCCCGUUGUGGACUACGAGAUCUACAGGCACGGCUGGUGCAAGCUGCUCAACUGCAUCCAGAUAAUCACUACCCCCUUAUUUGGGAUCACUCUGAUUCACUCAAUCAUGUUGAAUGAAUUCACUGGAUUUGUUAUUAUACCUCAAUUCGCAUAUGCCCGGUGGAGUCUUUGCAUCACAGUUCCCCUGGCUAUCAUUGUAUUCGUGCAUUCCCGAACCGAUAUACCACCCGUGUACCAUUCGAUGUUCCUUGGCUUGAAUGCCGGCGGUUGUCUGCUAAUAAUGGGGAUUUGUGCUGCCGAGCUGGAGAUCCUGUGCUGCAUUGCGGGACUGAUCGUCUACCUUUCCGAGGGCUUCGUCGCAGUCACCUUCCGAUCGAUGGCCGGUUCCAUCGAUGACACGAUUGUGGUUGUAUCUCUGGCCUUGGAGGGGUACGAACAACUGGCCCUGGGCGCUAUUCUUGGUGCCCCCAUCUUUAAUAUAUUGGUUAGCAUGGGAUUGGCUAUUCUGCUUCAGGAGACGGUCCGCCACGGCACUGCUUGGUUCCUCAUUGGAAAGCAUGGCAUGAACUGUUACAUCUUUUUGAAUGUGGCCGUCAUAUCCAUGUUGUUUUGGACCUUGACUUUCAACUACAUCGCGCGCCGCUCAGCUGGGGUAUUCUCAUUUCUUUUGUACUUAAUUUUUAUCAUUUUUGCCGCCUGCGUUGAGUGGAACGUGGUUCAUGAGUUCUCCAAAGAUCUUCAUGUGGAUCCAAAAUAAAAUCAAAAGGACCUA